UGUGAAACUGAACACAACAAAAGUAUGGAGAUGGGAAACCAACAUCCUUCUAUUAGUAGGCUUCAGGAAAUCCAAAAGGAGGUAAAAAGCAUAGAACAGCAAGUAAUUGGUUUCAGCGGUCUGUCAGACGACAAGAAUUACAAGAAACUGGAGAGGAUCCUAACAAGACAACUUUUUGAAAUAGACUCGGUAGAUACUGAAGGAAAAGGAGAUAUUCAGCAGGCUAGGAAGAGGGCAGCACAAGAGACAGAGCGGCUUCUCAAAGAGUUGGAGCAGAAUGCAAACCACCCACACAGGAUCGAAAUAGAGAACAUUUUUAAAGAAGCCCAGUCCCUAGUGAAAGAGAAGAUUGUGCCAUUUUAUAGUGGAGGCAACUGUGUAACUGAUGAGUUUGAAGAAGGCAUUCAGGAUGUCAUUUUGAGGCUGACACACGUUAAAACUGGAGGCAAGAUCUCCUUGCGGAAAGCACGGUAUCACACUUUAACCAAAAUCUGUGCAGUGCAAGAGAUUAUCGAGGACUGCACGAAAAAGCAGCCUUCCCUGCCGCUUUCUGAGGACGCGCAUCCCUCAGUUGCCAAAAUUAACUCCGUGAUGUGUGAAGUGAACAAGGCCAGAGGCACUCUGAUUGCCCUUCUUAUGGGAGUGAACAGUAAUGAGACUUGCAGGCACUUAUCUUGUGUGCUCUCGGGGCUGAUGGCUGAUCUGGAUGCUUUAGACGUGUGCGGCCGCACAGAAAUCAGAAAUUACCGGAAGGAGGUGGUGGAAGAUAUCAACCAGUUAUUGAAGUACUUGGAUUUAGAAGAGGAAGCAGAUACCACUCGUGCAUUUGACCUGGGGCAGAAUCAUUCCAUUUUAAAAAUAGAGACGGUCCUCAGGAGAACGAGAGAAGUGAAAAACGAGCUUCUUCAAGCACACAAUCCUUCGGACUGGGACCUGAGCACCAAGACAGAACUGCAGGGUUUGAUUGGACAGUUGGAUGAGGUAAGUCUUGGAAAAAACCCCUGCAUCCGGGAAGCCAGGAGAAGAGCGGUGAUUGAAGUUCAGACCCUCAUCACGUACAUCGACUUGAAGGAAGCCCUCGAGAAAAGAAAGCUGUUUGUGUGUGAGGAGCACCCGUCACACAGAGCGGUCUGGAACGUCCUGGGAAACUUGUCAGACAUCCAGGGGGAAGUCCUCUCGUUUGAUGGCAGUCGAAAUGAUAAGAACUACAUCCGGCUGGAAGAGCUGCUCACCAAGCAGCUGCUUGCCCUGGACGCCGUUGACCCACAGGGAGAGGAGAAGUGUAAGGCUGCCCGGAAACAGGCAGUGAAGCUUGCACAGAAUAUUCUCGGCUAUCUCGACUUGAAAUCCGAUGAAUGGGAGUACUAA